AUGGUUACUACGGAAACCAGCGGCGGGUCGAUUCCAAGUACCGGGCUGGCGUGCGUGCUGGACGCACAUUCGCUUCGAUGGCGGCACUUAAAGGUCGCCCUGGGAGGCCCGGCCAGCCACGCCGACUCCGACGCCACCGCCCGCCGCAUCUGCCGGUGGAUCGAGCCGUGCUGCCCGUCGCGCGCGCGACUGCGGUCCGCGGACGAGCUGCUGUGGGACCCUGCGACGGACGAGCUGCUGUGCCCUGCGACGGACGAGCUGCUGUGCGGCGGAGAAAGAGAGAGGCGGCGGCGUGCGGGUCCGUUUCUGGGCGACGAGCUGUUGGGCGUGGAGCAGCUGGCGGACGCGCUGCUGGGCACCAUGCCGCAUGACGCAUGCUUCCCGUCUCCUCAAUACCCCGACGACCCCGUGUUCUACGACUCGUUCCCCCCUCCAGUCCCAGAGGACGACAUGGAGGUCAAACUCCUCUGGGAAGCCCCGCCGGCGCUCCAUACGCGUUUAGAGCUGCUGCUGUCACAGGACCCGAAGCAUGUGACGGCCCUUCGCAUGCUCGCCUGCAGAGACUGCAAGUGGGACCUUCGGAAGCUGCUGCCAGUGGGGCGCUCGUGCGUGAAUCUGCAGUCGCUCUCCGUUGCAGCGCUGCCAGAACGAGACUUCUUUGGCGACAGCUAUUUGUAUCCCGAGAUCGUGAAGCAGCGCAGGGAAUGCGCUUGGAUGGAGGAUGCUCAGGUGGAACAGAUGAAGCAGCUUAUAACGGGUUGCCCACACCUCCGCUCACUACACUUCCACCUCAAUACCAAUGAAUACCUCACUAAAAGGGAAGAAAUCUUUCCCCUCCUCUCCCGUCUCGCCCACCUCUCCCUCCCACUCGCCGACCUCCCACCUAACCUUCUUCCCCACCUCUCCUCCCUCCGCUCCCUCCGUCUCUCCCUCUCCACACCCAACCAUCCCCUCCUCCUCUCCGGUCGCCCCUUCCACUCUCUCCCCCUCCUCUCCCUCCUCCACCUCUCCCUCGCCUCUCCCGCCUCAGGGCUUUCCGAGCCUCUCUCACCGGACCUGUUUGCGGGGCUUGAACCGAGCCUGCGAUCCUUGACUUUCUUGGUGUAUGCGAAGCAGAAGGAGGAGGGUGGGGGAGGGGAUGGUGGGGAAGGGGGGAUGGGGAGGAGAGGGGAGGAGGAGGAGGGCGGAUGGGUGGGGGAUGAGUGGGCGAGGGAGGACGAGGUGGUGGGGCGGCUUCCUGCGUCGCUCUGGUCGCUCACACGCCUGCAGCACCUGAGCACCAACGGGCCUGCCGAACCAACCUUCUGCCGCACCAAGCCUGGUCCCACCGAACCUGCAACUGGUCUCACCGAACCUCCCUCGUAUCCCGAAGCAACUCCUUCCUCCAGCUCUCUCCGCCACCUCACUCUCAUGGGGACAGCUGGCGUCAUCCCAUUGGCUGUGUGGGGGCGCCUGUGCCCGCAGCUGCUCUCGCUCAAGAUCCAGGGCUCGCCCCACGUGGCUGUAAGGGGGUGGGGGGAGCAACUGGCGGAGGGUUCUGGGAAGGGGUCCGUGGGGCAUGGCGCAUGUGGUCAGGGGGAGGGCGCAUGUGGUGAGGGGGAAGGCGCAUGUGGUGAGGGGGAGGGCGCAUGUGGGUCCUACCCUCACUCCUCCCGCUUCCUCUCCUCGCUCUCCCUCUUCCCCUCCCUCACUGCCCUCCGCAUCUUCAACCUCUCCAUGCACAACUACCACUCCGCCCUCUCCUGCCCUCCCUCACUCAAAUCCCUCCAAAUCUGCUUCUCCCACCUUCCUCUCCUCCCCGACUCCCUCCGCCUCUUCUCCUCCCUCACUCGCCUCGACCUCUUCCAGUGUUCCAAGCCCCUCGCCCUGCCCGCCUGCCUCUCCGCCUUCUCCUCCCUCGCGCACGUGUCCUUCGGUCCUGAUUACCACGACCCUGUGCUGCCCUACCGCCUCCAAGGGUACCUCCGGGGGAAAGCCUGGGAGCGGGAGGGGGGCGGGGAAGGGGAAUGGGAAGGGAAGGGUGAAGGAGAGGGAGAAGGGGGGGAGGAAGGGGGGGAGGAGGGGGAGGAGGAGGGGGAGGGGGUGCAAGGGGCAUAUGAGGUGGGGGUGAGAGGCUUGCGAAUCAAGGCAAGUGCCAUGAGCUUGCAGUUACCAGCAGAGGUUUUACCAGCAGAGGUUUUACCAGCAGAGGUGUUACCAGCAGAGGUGUUACCAGCAGAGGUGUUACCAGCAGAGGUGUUACCAGCAGAGGUGCUAGAAU